AUGGAUGAAAAUGAACAAAGGAAUACAGAUGAUGCUGAAUCAUGGAACGAUAUUUUAAACAAAUGCAAAUUUAUCUUCAUUCUGGGAUGCUCUGAAAAUAUUCGAAAAGAAUAUUGUAACCGUUUAGUAAAACAAUUUGAUUCUAUUCAUAUUUCAAUGGACAGUGCUAUGGAUAAGGCUGAAAAUAAUGACAAUCUCUUGAAGAAAUUACUUCAGCAUAUUAAAGAAAACUUUUCUAAAGAUAGUGGUUCUAAAGAUUAUAUUAUCAGUGGUAUACCAAACAGUUUAAAGCAAGCUAAAGAAAUUGAAGCAUUCAACGAUUCUUUAAAGUUUUCCAAUUGUAAAAUGGUUAUUCUCUUAGAAAAGAAAUUAUCAGAUGUAACAGAAAAUAUGACCACUGUUGAUGAGACUAAUAUUGAGUCAGAAUUAAUGAGUUUCCUUGAAACAACUGGAAAACUACAUCGUAUAAACUACUCAGAAGUUGAAGAUGAAAUAGACAAUCAACUCCGUAGUUUACUUACGUAACAAAUGAAACCAUGGACUCGUUCUCUCCUUCUAUUUAUGCAUAUAUAUAUUUACACGUAUAAUCAUCUCCAUUUCUAUACAAAUAUGUGUCAACGACUGAGUCGUGAUAAUCUUUCUCACCUGUUCUUUCUAUUGUCAUACAGAAUACAUUCAACUGUUUGGAAGUUUUUUCUCCAAAAAAGAGAAAACGGCUUGAAUGUUUGAUUUUAAUUUUACUUACUACUUUAUUUAAAAUAAAACGGAAACUCCUUUCUUGAAAAAGAUAAAAAUAACUUUCAUUUAAAUCUGCGAGACAUUUUUCCC